CGUUUUCGUUUUCAGCCAAAUGACGUCCACUGCUGGACAAAGGCCUCCCCCAAGAAUCCUAUCAUCAACUUUACUAAAUUCAAGAUUAUUACCGAAUAGCCCUAUUACUACUACAGAAGCUAAUUUCUUGGUCAAUCGAGUACGGAUAUAUAAUAUGAGAAGUGUGGCAACGUUCCGUUGCACAUUGUGAAGAAGAGCAACGUUUGAAUUCGUACUGCUGUUAUGUGAGAAGUGUGGCAACGUUUCGUUCCAUUCCUGCGCUCCGCCCAAUAAGUUAGGGCGGGGGCGGGGGGCGCGCGGGGGUGCGCGUGCGCAGGUACUUAAGACGGCUCCCGCUGAAGCCUUCAUCAGUUGCCCUUUUGGUGUCGAACAGAACCACUGUUUCCACUGUCCAUCCGUGAUUUACGAACUUUUAAUACUCAACCGCAAUGAAUACGGUUCAGAUGCACGACCUGCCUCUCAGGAAACGUGGCCGGCCUCGCGGGCACAAACGCACUCCUCUCACAAAAGAACAGCAGAAGGAGCGCAACAAGUUCUACGAGGCACAGAGGCGCGCCGACAUCGCCGAGAAUUGGGCUGAGCUGGCCAAAAUGGUGGACCCUAAUAAGGAGAUCAAGCAAAUGCGCUACAAGGACGCCGCUAACUACAUCCUAGACUUGCAAGACAAAGUUCUAGCUGUGGAGAAAGAGGCGGAAAAACAGCGCGCUUACAACGGCGAGCUGCGGACAAAAUUGGCGGAGCUGCAAGAAGUAGCUGCGUUUGACUCCGGCCACACACAGGACUUUGGAUCAGUUCCCUUUACCGAGGAACAAAGCCUGACGUUCAGUGACAACUGGGCAGGACUUGGGAUGCCAGAACCACAGGAUAUUGAAAUGGACACUAGCUGCCUUCUACCACCACCAGACAACAACAUGCUCCACAACGGUGACCCUGUGGCGGAGCAGCCAGCGUGCGCGGGAGUGGCGGCUACAGCGGUCACCAUCCAGGAGAUCCUCGAUUACGACUUUGAAACGGUUCCUUUAUGCGGAGAAGAACAGCAGACAGCCCUAGACAUCUGGACGAGCCUAGAAAUGCAAGCAUUGUCAGAGCUACAGGAUACAGAGAUGCCAGAGUUGCCAGACAUACACGAUAUUGACAUGGAUAGCGUCUUUCCAUCACCACCAGCCACCAACCAGCUCUUAGAGGACGUCACGCAUGGGAACAGAUAUUGGAAGCGCGGGAGGGGGAAAUUACUCCGAAGUAUAUCGGGUAUUGACUCUUCCCAUCAUAACAUAGGUUCGCGAGCAGAUUAUCAUCAAAUCAUGCUUGAAAUCGUCGCCCUUAUGGACUUCGAUUGA